UACAUAUCUGCAUUUGUUCCAUAAUUCAAACUGUAAUAUUAUCACCACUGAUCUUUCUUGAUAAAAAUUGAAACUUUUUAUGAUCAUUGUGAAGUAAUCAGAGUUUAUGCAUCUAGGUUGUUGUGAUUCAGGGUUUAUUUGUGAUUUUUUUUUAUUUUCUUGAUCGUUAGCUGUUGAUGCCUAAUUAGAUGUUUUUAACAUGUAGCAUUUGUUAAUUAUGUGUGUUUCUUGAAAUUCAUUUGCUUUGAGUGAUGAAAAUGAUGUUCACUUUUUCAAGGUUAGGAGAGUUGUCAGAAAUUAUAUUUAUUGAUUUAAGAUUAUUCGUGUAAUUUUCAUUUUGGUGGUGUUGAUUCUUUGUUUGGAAUAUGUUUGAUAAACGAAAAAAAGAUGCAUUUAGGGUCUGAUUUUGGUCGAGGCCUGUUUUACAAUUUAUACCAUUGAUGGCGAAAAUGAGCUAUAAGAGAUGUGGUUAGGGGGUGGGAAUUUGGAGCUUGUUGAGUUUUCAGGCAGUACUGGAUGUUAUUAUUUUUAAGUUUUCGGCAAAAAGAUAUAGUAUAUUUCUGCACUUGAUUCUAUACUUGUUGUUAAAAGUAAUAAAUUUGUAAAUAAAAGAGAAGUUAAGAUAGUUUGUAGCAAAGACUUACUGUAGUAUUGUGGGCAAGGAUCUUUAAAAACAUGAUCUGCUUAUUAUCCGGUCAUAUUUCUUCCUUAUUUUGUCCAAAGGUAGAAUAGUCUUCCUCUAAUCUUGGAAACCUUAUUAAUAUUAAAUAAUCUUUAAUAUUUAUAUGGAUAUACUGACAGUAAUCAAUAAUUAUUUCACAUUAAUUCAUCAUCUAGAUAAUUUAGAGACACUUGUAAAAAGAAAUUGCCCUUUCCAGCUUCCACUACCGCAUAUUGGCUAUAACAUGAUUCCGCUCCCUAGAGCUUUUAGUUAUUAUUUAUUAAUAUGAAAAGAUAUAGUUGUUACAUGUCACUUUUGUAGCAGUGAGGACUUCAGUAUAGAAGCAUACGCCUUUCGUCCAAUCAACUAUUUUUUUUUCAUUUCACACUUUUCCUGUUACCUUUUAAAUCAAAUAUACGUUCUUGAGCACCUUCUUCGUUUUUCUCAAAAAGAUUUAGUGAUUAUAUUGGGAGUAUAGAGAGUACAUCAUAUUACCUUGUAUAAACAUUACCUCAUAUUCAUAUUAAUGUCUUGUGCAUUUUGUAUUUAAAAUGUAAUAUGUUUUUGUUCUGUAUAGAAGGACUUACUUUUAACAGAAUACUAGGCUAUCAGUUUCCACUGUUUAAAUUGGUAUAUAUUCAUGUGUAUAAUAUUUGUAAAUCUAUCGUUUUUAUAAGAAAUUCUCACCGUUUCUAUCGAUCUUUGUUGCAAUAUUUAUAUUUAUAAGUUUCCCCGCUAUUCUAGUUGCAAGUGAAUGAAACCAUUGUCAUGCGGAAGCAAAGAAAACGUCACCCUAGAGCUUCUAAUAAAAGCAAGCGGAAGACAUCAGGAAGUAGCAAAAAUAAUGCGGAAAGCAGUAAUGUCGUUGAUGUUGAUGAUUAUCAUUAUGAUGAUGUUAUAGUUAUAGAUUUUCCUGCAUUAUGUCCCAAGAGCGAUAGAAAAUCAAGAUUCAUCAUUUGUGUCGAUGAUGAUAAUGAUGGCGUAGAUGUUGAAUGCGAAGAGUCAUCUGGAAAGCUUAAAGACCAGUGGGAAAAAGCUUUCUCAAGGAGAAAAUUAGAGGAGGAAAAAGCACAAGAAUUGCUGCUAUUGCAAAAGAAAAAAGAUGCAGAAAGUUCUCUAUUGCAAGACAUCGAGAGAAGGCAAAAGCAGCGUAUAGAAGAAGUGCGUGGGACACAAAAGCAGGACGAGGAUAUUUUAAACUUAAAAGAGGAGCUACGUGCUAAGGUUAAGAGUGACCUUAGUAAACUGGAGUUGACUUGCCGUGAUAUGGCAUCAGUACUGAGUGGCCUAGGUAUCCAAGUAAAAGGUGGUGCAAAUGAGGUCCGUGUAGCAACUAAAAGAGCUUUGUUAAGCUUUCACCCUGAUAGAGCUUUCCAAUCUGACAUUCGUCAACAAGUAGAAGCAGAAGAAAAGUUUAAGCUUAUCAAUCGCAUGAAGGAGAAGUUUGCAUGAAGGAGAACUAGGAUAUCCUUUGUCAUAGUCAUGUUCUCUUAGUUUUUGACUUUUUGCAGAAGAGGAUGUCAUAUCGACUCUUAAAUAUAGUUUCCUUCUUACUUUUUAGCAUCUACUUUAAAAAAAGCACUUUGUAGUUGUAUCUAUUGCAAUGAAAAUCAGCACUUGAAGUCGCCUUUAGUUUUAUCUCUAAUCCUUAAGUUCAAAUCACUGGAUAGGGAAAAAAUAUUCUUGCAUAAUCUAGUUGGAUUCUCUUGUAACCACCCAAAUCUGAUAUCUCUAUGUCAAUAUUUUUCAUUUAUUCACUACA